AACAUCAUGCAUGUUCAUAAUGCCAAGUAGCCUGACGUUACUUGACGGCGACUUGUAUUUUGAUUGCUUCUUAAGUUCUAAUAAAGGUGAAAUGGCUGAAUUUACUCCAAACGAAGAUAUAUUUGACGAUGUCGUUAUGGCAGAAGAAAGAUUCCAAGAGGAGGGAUACCGAGAAGGCUUUGCCGCCGGCAAGCGGGCCGGAGAGCAAGAGGGCUUCAAGAUGGGGCAAAUCAAGGGCAGGGAGAUAGGGUCCGAGUAUGGCUUCUAUCUGGGCUUUGUGGCCAUGUGGCUAUGGCUUGUCAAGGAAGACGCCGGAUUGGCAAGAGCAAAAACAGUGAAAGCGCUUGAAACACUGCAUGCCAUGCUGGCUUCCUUCAAAGUUGAGGAUGUAACCAGUGAAAGUUACUGGGACGAUUUCAGGCAGAUCAGAGACAAGUUCAAGCAGGUUGUUUCGCUUCUCGGCAUAAAACUGGAUUUCACUGAGGAGAGAAGCCAGAAACCACCGAUUUCAUUUUGAGUAAAGCACGUCAGCAGGUGGCACUUGUGUUGGUGUGCGGGAGACGUUGCGAGGAUGUUAGUCAAAGGAAACUGCCCCAUGCAGCAGGAGUGGUAAGUCAUUUACAUGACACUUGUUUUGUCAGGAGACAAAAAUUUACAGUGAUCCAAUUGCUUUGGUACCCAGCGUGACAAAACUUGGACCAAGUCAAUCAAAAACACAGUUUGGAGACACAGCAGUCGUUUUGACUAAUGGCGUGUCGUAUUCCUCACAGGUUGACAAACUAAAAUUCCCAGAAGUUAACUAAAUCAUUUCCUGCCAAGCGUUUCUCUGAAAUUAAGUUAAGGUUUAUUGAUCAGCCUCAGGAGAUUUUGGCUGCCAGUCGCAAGUGUAAAGUUGAUUUGCCCAACUGGAUGAUGAAAAUGUAAGGAGAAGAGGAAGGAGAUCAUUACAAGCUUUCCAGUGAGACAUCCCCCCCCAAGGGGAAAAAAAUCUGUGGUACAUUGACAGGGUUAGGUAGGCUGACAGUUUUAAUAGUAGGCACCUCCUUCCCCUAAUUCUCAAAGUAUUACUAUUGAAUAAUCUUCACUCAUCACAUCUAGUAGCACAGUUUUGGAAGACCAAUUCAAGCAGAGGGUUGAAUGAGUGCUUCUUUGUGGCAUAAUAGAGUUUUGAUCCAGAAUUCAUUGUAGGAGCUGUUUAACUUUUUUUUAAGAGAGAGAACUCACCUGUAAACUUUGAUCUUUUUUUAUAAUUCUGUUUAUUGUGUUUGUCCAUAAGAAACAUUCCCCAAAGCUGAAAAUUUUGAUUUUUAUUCCAGUCACCUCUCUUUCUUUCAGAAAAAGGAUUUUUUUUGGGGGGGGGACUCAUCAGAGCGUGGGUGCAAAGUUCUUUGGUGAUUUCAGUAAAAGAUUUGUUAUUGAUGUUCUCAAUUUAUGUCAGGUUUUCAAUCAAUGACUUGUAACAGCCCCACUUUGAUUUGGGUUGUUUGGGUGUUGUCCUAGCAAAGUUCCUCUGUUGGCUUCACCUGUUUCAAGUUGGGUGCUUUUUUUUUUCAAAAUGAUUGGAUUUUCAUGCUUUUAUUGGCACCGUACAUCAUGCGCGGGGACAACUUAUACUUGGAUUGUGCAGGUGCUGCAGGGACUUCUGUAUUCCCAGAGGAAGACAAGGGCAGGAGUGAUGUCCUAGGAGGAAAAGCCUGACCGAGAGGUUGCAGGUAACUGCAGUGCUUUGAGGCUGCUCAAGAUGUGACAAAGUCCAGGGUUGUUUACUGCUGGCCGCAUGAUUAAAAUGCUAGAAAAUGGGACUUACGAGGAACCUGAGUUGAUGACUGAAGUAGACAUGAUUCUGUGAAUCACCCCUCCACAGCUUUAUAAUCUACCUUACCUUUUAGUGGCAAGGGGUGUAUGAAAUGAUGCAUCAUGACGUGCCGUGAUCUUAGCAUAUGCACAUGACAACUGGGAUGCGAUAAUUAUAGCAUGAAGAUCUGUAUCAUGAUACCUUGCUCAGAAUAGAUUCAGGCAAAAGUCUUACUUUUUCAGGCUGUAGAAUUUCCGUUUGUGUAUAACGUGUUCUCUUGCGAGCAGGAAAAGUGGUGGAAAAAAUGCUCUACGGUUGCCAUUGUAAAUGAUUGGCUUCAACAAUAUUCGAGACGUUCGAAACGUACCCCAGUUAUUCUAGGGUCAGAAAGCUGGUGAUAGGGUAAGAAUCAAAUCUUUGCCUCGCUGCUUGUUCUGACGACGUUUCCAGAGAUAAUUUUAUCGAACGUGUUUAGACUUGCUUUGAUCCCUUGAAAUCACAGCGCAUUUAUUGCACAUCAGGUCCAUCAACUGGUUGAAAUUUUCCGGGGGGGGGCAUGAGAAUAGUCUCCCUGAAACUGCUCCGCUGUGAAAGAGCAGCCGUAAGGCUUAAUGGAACAUAGAAUGUAAUGGGAUUAGAAUCAGAAGUUGAAGAAAAGGGAAAGCCUGGGGAUUUGUGUUUGGAGUUGGAAUCUAUUAAUGGUAUGAUGGCCAGUGUGGAUAAUUGUUCAUUUUGUUGUUGGCUGCCAGCAAGAUUUAUGUAUUGACCAUGGUCAGCGGUAUAAAUUUGUGCUGGAAACUGGGGGGGGGGAUGUGGGAUGGGGAAAGGCACGGGGUGACAUUAAAAUUUGAAAAGGGGGGACACUAUAUGACUGUAUAUAGAGGUUGAUAAUCAUGAUUUUAUUUUACAUCUGUAAUAUGUAUUCAACGGGCAUAUUUAUGGCUUUUUAAACUUAUUUUCCCCUUGUCGAGUGAUAUUGAAUGGGUUUGCGUUGUUUGAAGUCUGAAAAAUUCUUCACAACCCAACCAACUUAAUUUUUUGGCUCACCACAAAAAAGUGGGGUAUGAUUCAAUAGC